AUGAUGAAAAUGUUGAAAGCGAGGAAAGGACGUUUGGUGAAUGUGACCUCAAUCUCGGGUCGGUGCCCGAUCCCCGGUCUCGGUCCCUACACACUCACGAAGCAUGCGGCAACUGCUUGGACUGAUAUUGUCAGAAAAGAAUUGUCAAUGUUCGGCGUCGAGGUUUACAUCAUCGAGCCAGGCUUUGUGCGGACACAUUUGACUGAUGUGAAUCGCUUGGAACGAUGCAAUUGGGAUCAUUACAACAAAGCCCCACAAGAGAUCCGAGAGGAAUACGGAUACGACUUCAUGCAUAAAUUUAUCGAAAAUCAAAAGAUGACUGUCGAGAUCAUGGCCUGUCCGAAUACAAAAAGAGUUGUUGACGACUAUGUCAAAGCGGUGACCUCGGUCUACUGUAGGACGCGGAUGAAAAUGGGAUGGGACACGUGGCUUGUUUGGCAUCUCUCAUCAUUCUUCCCAACAAAUCUCCAGGAUUUCUACUUGAACAAUCUAGGUGUCAUUUUUGGUCCGAACAUCCCAGCCGCGAUGCGACCCCAUUGCUCUCAUUGCAAGUUGUCCAAAGAGAAGCAAGAACAUCAGAACGAGGCUCAU